AAAAAAAAACUCAGUACUAGACUUGGAGGGAAAAAAAACUCGGUACUAGACUUGUGGUUGCUGCAUGCAAAAAACAAACGUUAAGAAAUAAUAUAACUAGUUUCAAUUGACUACGUACUGCUAAUAUCUAACAUUUUUUGACCGUUUAACUAUAUUAUAUUAAUGGUUCUUCACUCGUUAAUGUUUGGUGAGCCAUAUUCCCUAUAAAUACAUAAGCAAACCCACAUCUCCACUUAAGGGUCACCAACACAUUCGAAACAACCUCUAAUUAAAAACCUCUUUCUUGUCUUUCGUGUCUCGUCUUGUUCUGUUCAAGAACACAUACUAAUGGGAGGAAACAUGUCACACAGUCUCUUCAGCUUCUUUAAAACACGAAGAUCUCAAAGAGUGGAAGUAGACGCCUCUUGGGAUGACGUCGUUUAUACUCGCAAAGCAUUGGCUAGUGAUGAAGACAAACGUUACUGGGUGGCUGAGCCAGGUAUUGAUCGCAAAGCGUCUGCUUUUAUUGCCAAGUUUCAUGCCACUCGUGUCUCUGCGUCCCAGCGCCAAUCUCUCUCUCCUUACCAAUCCGAGAAGGCAUGAUGAUGAUGAUGAUCAAGGGCUAAUUUGAUUCUAUGAAAAUUGUUUUUAUUGAUUUGAAAUGUUCUAUGAGAGUGUAUUGAUUGUCUUAGUUGUAAUUAAUAAUCGAUCUUUCCUUACAAUUUUCUUCGUCUAGCUUCUCAUUCUUUUCCUUGUUGCUUUCAUAUCUAGCUAGUUAAAUAAUUUGACUUAAAUCAUUGGGAAUGUGUUUUGUUGUGUCGGUUAAUAGACGAAUACAAAAUAACCAGAUUCGACUU